AUGCUUCCAACGUCCAUGACGCGAUGUCUGGUGCGCAGCCGACGCGUGCUGGCACGUCGAGGACACGGCGGGGCCGCACAGGCGCAGAGAGAGCUGGAACGCCUUGCUCUGUUGGAGCAUUCAAUGCUGCAGCCGCCGGCAGUGCGGGCACGGCAGACACCCGCCGUGGCACAGGCUGCUGCAGCCGCGUAUUUGCGCGAGGUGCCGGACCGCGUCGAGCGCGCUCGAGCUGCUGCGGCUGGGAGCACGGUCGCUGGCUCAUCAACCGCGAUGAAGGCCGCCGCGUCGGCCAGUGCUAGCGCGGUCGACGAGCCGCAAGUGAGCAACCUCACGCAGUUUCUCUCCGCGUGCAAGAAACUGAAGAUUCGCUACAGCAGUGACAGCGACGCGGCGUCGCGGCGACGUGGCAGAGAGGCAUUGUGCGCCUUUUGGGCUCGCCACGCGUCGAGUGCGGUCGCGUGCUGUUUCCAGGGCGUGCGUGAGGUUGGCUUUGUGGCAGACUACGGCCUCGCCGACACCCGCAUGCACCUCAAUCUGCCAGAGCUCUGGGUGAUGCUGCGUGUGCUGAAAGCCGAGCGCGCCGUCGCCUCUAGCUUCGACGCCACACGCAUUCUGCAGUACCUCGCACGGGAGCUGCAGUACAUGGAGUGCGAUCUCUCUGCCACGUCCCACCGUCGCGGCCCACCUCCCAGCUCAACCGGGAACCUUCCCUCGCCCGCCGACACUCUCGCGUUCCGGCAGACGCUGACGGAUCUUGCAGUGGAUCUGCUGACGUUCUACUUUGUGGUGCACAGCCCCUCCAUCAAUGCGUUGCCGCAGCUGACAAGGGAAGGCAAUGAAGUGCUCGAGAAGGGAGACCAUGACGUCACUGUGACUGCGUCGUCUUCGUCGCUCGGCGGCGUCUCCAUCGCCACCGCCGUCGAUGCUCUGAGUGGGUUGGAGGUGCUCGCUGUGUUGACUGCACACGACGCAAGGGAAGAGGUCAUCGAAAAGGUGUGGGAGCGGCGCCAUCUGGGCACCCUGCGGCGUCAGCGAGAGCCCGCCAUGGUGGCCGCCAUGCAGACGUCGCCCGCCUUCCCGUCCGGCGCUGCCUCCAGCAGUGCCUUGGCGCACGAGGUGCAUUACCUGCUCGUGGCAGAGCUUUUUCGCUUUGCGGCGGUGCAGCGGCGUGACCUGCGAGUGACCGACGUUGUCCACGGCUUCGCUCUCCUGCGCGUCCACCUGCGGACCCUCUGGCCACCCUACGCGCGAUACGGCAACAACCCCGAUGGCAGCGGCGGCCGCAGCAAUGAUGCGGCGCAGCGUCAGUCGCUGUGGUAUGAGAAGGACUCCCUUUUCCGCAUCACGUGGGGCCUCGCGGUCGCGUUGGUCAGCAAAGACCGCAAGUUGGUCAGUUCGUACCACUACGUAAAGAUUGUCACGACGCUUGCGAAGCUUCCGGCGUUCGUGCUGGCUCCUACGCCGGCUCCAAAGAGAGAAAUACGGCGCUUUGAGUUCCCCCUCAACGCUAAUGCCGGCAGGGCGCUACAAAGCCGCGACGCCGAGUCUCCAGAAACGAACGAUGAUCUUCAAAAUGGUCAGCUAUCAAUUCUCUCGGAGAUUCCACCAGAGCUGCGACCACGCAAGCGGCUGCCGGAGGCGGAACACGCCAACAGUGCCUCCCAGGACAAGAACGCAAAGGAGUUCAUUCACGACAGCAAAGAAGAGGAAGACGAGGUUAUGGUUGCCCUCCGACCGGCGGAUUUUUGGCGCUUCAUUAUCUCCAAAGCCUGCGUUUUCGUGCCGAGUCUGCCGCCUGAUCAACGGCGCGUUGUGUGCCGCAGCCUGCACCUCGCCAUCACCGAGAAGCGAGGGCACCUGCUGCGUGACGGUGGACAACAAGGGCCGCCCUCUCAUCACGAUGUGCCGUCGCAGGGUCGACGUGCGCCGUCAAAAUUUGGCCGUAUUGCCGCGCGCUUUGCGUACGUGCCGGGUGACGCGGAGCACUCCGAUGCUGCGGCGGAUAUACUGUUCCCCUUGGUGGAGGAGAUGGCGACGUAUACGGAGAACUACGACGUCUGCACCCAGGACACGCGCAAACCCGCACAGCGCGUUCACCGAGAGGCAACUAUAAAGAAAGGCUCGAAAUGA